AUGAUAUUAGGGUUGAAAAAAUCGGUGAGACUGAGGUUAGACUGGGGCUGUGGCUGGAGAUGAAGCUAGAGUUGGAACUAGGCUUGGGGCUAACGCUGAGGAUAAUGCCAGAGCUGAAGCUAGUGUUAUAGACGUGGCUGAAGCUGUAACUGAAGCUAAAGCUAGGCUUUCAAGGUAAGGCUGGAGCUGUGGCUAGAACAGGGGCUGGGGCUGAAGAUGUAGCUGGAGCUGGAGCUGAAGCUAGGGCUGAAGCUGAAGCUGAAGCUGGGGCUGAAGCUGGAGCUGAGGCUGGAGCUGAAGCUGGAGCUGGAGCUGAAGCUGGAACUGAAACUGGAGCUGAAGCUAGAGCUGGGUCUGAAGCUGGAAGCUGGGGUUAG